AUGCCUAGGUAUGUAAAAAUUAUGCAAUUUUACUAAUACUUUUUAUGAAGCGAAAAAAAUAAUGUAAAAUAUCUGAUUGUAAUAAUUCUAUGUUAUUCAAUAUAAGUAGGAAACCAAUGUUGUUGCAUUUUGCAAAUAUUUUUUCUACCUUUUCAAUUUAUUGCUAAGUAAGUUUUAAAUAUGUUUUAUGGAAGUAGGAAUUCAAAUUUAGAAGUUUUAAUAACAAAGUUUUUGGAAUUCGUUCAAUUUUGUUAAAUUUACUCAUUUAUGUAACUAUUUUAGCUAUAGUCAACAGUCCCAUAUAUAGAGAUUAUAAUAUAAUUACACCAGUCAUAAAAUUUAAUAAUUGUAUCUUAUCUUUAUUUUGAUAAUUUCAAGUUGGUACUAUAUUAUAUGCUAUGUGUAAAUAUAUUUCUAUUUGAAUUCUUUUUCAAUUUAUAAGAUUCAUCACAUUUUUAUUUUUAGUCUACAAUUCACUGCCUCUAUAUGGUUGACGCCAUGUUUAAAGUGCCACCAUUAAAAUUAAAAUGAAAUCAAAUUGAUACACAUUUUAAUAUAAUUCGUGUAAAUUCCCAAGUUUUCUCAUUUGACUUGAAAACCUCUAGAAAAAUCAACAAAUAACCUAGAAGUACCACCCUAGUUCAAUUUCCUUUUAGAAAAGGUCUUAUAAUUAAAAAUUGUAUCAACAUUUUUGGUAGAAAAAUUUCUCAUAGAAAAAAAAAUAAACAUUAAAUUCUUUCUCCUCAAAUCUAAAUGAAAUUAGUAUUAAAAUACAUAUUUUAGAAUUUUUUACAUUAUUAUUAAUUCAUCUUAAUUUAUAAUUAUUUAUUAUCAAAAUAUGUGUUUAGGUCAAAUGAUUUGUCUGCGUCUGAUUGUUGUAUUGAUAUUUCCAACCUCAGUUCAAUUGAUGCAGCCAAAAAAAUAAAUGCAGAUAGAAUUCAUAUUUUAAUUGAUGUGGGCGAUUCUACAAAAGAUCUGGAAUAUGAAAUAUUUGCAUUGAAACCAGCUCCAAUUCAAGUUAAAUUACUUGGACAUCCUGGAACUAGUGGUGCUACUUUUAUAGAUUAUUUAAUAACAGAUAAACAAUGUUCUCCGCCUAAUUUAAAUUAUUUGUAUACUGAAAAGUUGGCUUACUUGAAUCGAACUGUAUUCUUUGGUGAUCACAGGUUAUUAUUUAAUGACCUAAGUCAACGAAAUUCUCAAAACAGAACAAAUUUCAAUGAAACCAUGUGCAAUUUUGAAAGUUUUAAUACUUCAUCUAUGUAUAGCGUUGAAAAGCUCUAUACAAGACAGAUGUAUAAUCUUCCAGAAAACUCUAUAGUGUAUUGCUAUUUUGGACAACCUUAUAAAAUUAAUCAAACUACUUUAAAUAUGUGGAUAACCAUUCUAAAGGGUGUUAAGAAUUCUGUGUUAUGGCUCUUACGGUUUGUUGAGGAUACCGAAAAUAACAUUCGUGAAUAUUUUGAAUUAAAUGGUAUUAAUCCAGUACGAAUAAUUUUCAGCAACUUAGCACCAAAAGCUGAACAUCUGAGAAGAAUUCAGCUGGCUGAUGUAUAUUUAGAUACACCAUUUUACAAUGGUCAUAAAAGUUGCUUAGAUGCAUUAUGGGCAGGAACGCCAAUAGUAACAUUAUCUGGAGAUUCAUUUGUGUCCCGCAUGACUACUUCACAAUUACUUGCAGUAAACUGUACAGAAUUAAUUGCUUUGGUUGAAUUUGACUAUCCCAGAAUAGCAAUACAAUUAGGGAAGCACACCAAUCUAUUGAACCGAAUAAGACAACAAAUUUGGCGAUCGAAAAUAACAAGUGCACUGUUUGACUGUGAAUCCUAUUGUAGGGAACUAGAGAAUCUUUACUUAGAUAUGUGGAAAAAAUUAUUUUAA